AGAUGUUGAUUUCCAGUGGUAAAGAUGACAAACUUUAUCUCUUCAAUAUCUUACAUGGAAUAAAGGUGUCAGAAUGUAUUUGGUGGAAAGUAAUACCAUACUCUCCGACCCAGAUCAAGUUAUUGGAGAAUAUGGUUGGUUGGAUCAUAACAUUUUUGUUACAUCUCUUGGAGUCAUAUUUUUAUAUUACUGAAACUGGAAUGUACAAGAAACAAAUGUUUUAUUUUCGUAAACCUCUGUGGCAGAAGAUACAGAUGCUGGGUUUUAAUGAACUUGAUAGAAAUGGGUCUAUUGUACAUAUAUCAGAGCCAGAAGUGACCAGACUGUGUGCCGAAGGAAAAUCUUUAGGAACAAACACCAUCAGACUUCUACCGAAAGCAUGCUCACUACGGCCAAUUUUGAACAUGGGUAGUAAAAGCGUUGUUGGGAGGACAGGAGACUAUCAGAAAUCAGUGAAAAACUUAGCAUCUAUAUUCCAGCAUAUUACGACCCGAGAACGUCAUCUGUUAGGAGAUGGGAAACUCAAUAUGAAGGAAGUAUACAUUGCUUGGAGAGAAUUUAUUCGAAGAAAAAGACAGAAAGAAGACAAAAGGCAGUUAUUUUUUGUCAACAUUGACCUUCAAGAUUGCUUUGGUUCCAUGAAGCAUGACUUGUUAUUAGAGAUUGUGAAGAAAGUCCUGAAACAGAAUGGAGAAAUGGGACAUCGCAUCAGAAAGUACUGUAUUCUACAUCCUAAGGGAGGAACAGUCAGAGCUCGUUUUGUCCGUCGGGCUACGAACUUGUGUGAAAAACUGCCACAGCAUAUGUUAAAAGACUGUAAGGAACUGAGAAAUUGUGUGGUUGUGGAUCAGGGCUACGACGAAUUCCUCAGUCACGCAGCACAAAUCCAACUGCUAGAAGCUUACAUUAACAAUUGCUUCAUCAAGACAGGAAAAUGUUACUACCAUCUUUGCAAAGGUAUCAGUCAAGGUGGUGCCCUAUCAUCGAUCCUGUGCAACCUCUACCUGGCCGAGCUGGAACAACAGUAUAUUCACAGCUCUGUAAAUUUUGAGGAAGAUUUGCUGAUGAGGAUUGUUGAUGACUAUCUCUUCGUCACCCCAGAUUUGGAAAGAGCCAAUACUUUUGUGGAGAUAUUCUCGAAAGGAAUUCCAGAAUACAACUGUACAAUGAAUGCCAAGAAAGUAGUUGUGAAUUUCCAGUCAAGAACAGAAGCAAAAUGCUUACAGGAUGAUGAACCUUUACGCUGGGUUGGUCUGGAGAUUGAUACCAGAAACUUAGAUAUAAGAUUGGAUUACAAGAGAUAUGAAGGCAUAUGUGCAUCUUACACAAUGUCCAUUGACCACAAGAACAUAGGCCAGGUGCUUAAAACCAAAAUUCCAACGUUGACUGUUCUGCACUGCACUUCUUUGAUACUCGAUACUGAGCUAAACAAAGACAAAACUGUGAUAAAAAACAUCUUAGAGAAGUUUCUCCUGUCAGCUUACAGAUUCCAUGCUCUCGUAAUGAAGUGUCCAGUGAACCGACGGUUACAAAAUCCCCAAUUUUUACUAGGGGUGAUUCUGGACACUUCCUAUACCUUGUUUCAAAGAAUCAAGACCUAUAUUAAGUCAUUAAACAUGACUUUUAAUUUAUCAAGGAGAGAGAUUGAGUGGAUCUGUUUAAAAGCAUUCCAAAUCAAGUUUUCUACGAAAAAGGCACUUUACAAGCCAUUGCUCACGCCUCUUCGUAAGCUUAUUUGCUGGAAAAAACCAAAGAUCGACAAGGAGAAACUUACACAAUGUCAUCGUAUGUUCUCUCAGUAUCCAACAGAGUCGUUUCGUUUGAUACAUGAAAGACCGUGAGAAACAACUGUUCUGUUUUGAGAGAAACGAUAAAGGAACUUUUCUGUGUUACCAACAAUAGUAGAGAUCAUGAAGGCAGCUUAGAAUGAGCUUUUCUUAGUCAUGAGACACCAUAAGUCUGAUGAGAACCCACAGUUUGUUGUUCAGUUUUGUGAGAGACAAGUUGUGGCCUUGUUGUUAUUAUAAAGCUCUGAAAUGAAGUUAAUGCAGGCAUGAGCAGAUCAGUAGCAUUGGUAGGUUUUGAGCUUUUAAUGGAGUUUCAAAGUGACUAGAAAUUAAAAUUGCCAUCUCUUAAGAAAAUGUCUGCCACUAUUUUGGUUUGAAUUACUAGUAUGGUGAAAUAUCAUAGAAUUAGUUUUUGUUAAUUUUGCUACAUUAAAGGUCAAAUUUAAUUUGGUUGUUGCUUUUGUGCAUAUUUUUAAAGAAAUUGUUGUUAAUAAAUAAGCUGACUAACUAAAUUGUUAGUAGAAUUCUCCUGUACAAGCCUAUCUCUAUGUUCACUUAAGGCUUAGUGCUAGAAAUAAAUUUAUAAAAUCCAAUACUGGUGGGAAAAACCAAGAACAAGAAUGCUCAGUUAGACUUAGUAUUAGAAAAAAAGUUUACAAAAUCCCUUUACUAGUAUGAAAACCAAGAACAAUGCUCAUUUAGGCUCAGUACUAGAAACAAGUUUAUAAAUCCCUUUACUGGUGUUAAAACCAAGAACAACAAUGCUCAUUUAGGCUUAAUACUAGAAACAUGUAUGCUAGAAUACUGCUGAGGAAAAAUGUUAAAGUAUACUUGUAAAUAAUAUUAUUUUCUGCUCAAAGUAAGCUACCCACAUACAUCAGAACGAUAAUAUAUGUCCAAUAAUGAAAAUUAUAAAAUAUUAUGUUCAUGUACAAACUAUCUUACUUAUCAUGAACUGCAAAAGUGGUUCAUAAUAUGGAUCACAGGGAUUUGUACAAAAACCUAAUAGAACAUUCAAGCAAAAAGCAGUAAAUAUUCAGUUCAAACAACACUUUAAAUCCUUUACUAUUGACUGCUAAGAAUGUACACAUGUAAAAAAUGCACAAAAAAGCACUCAUGUUAGACUUACAAGAUCUGCUCAAAAUGGCCCUUUUGUAAUUCUUCUUAUAAUUAUCUUGCCAGCCUACAACAAAAACGGCUUAGUAUAUUGAACCCAAACGUUUUGUAGAAUACUAAAUAAAGUACU